CGGUGGCCCGUGGAGAACAAAGAAGCAGCGAGUUGCUAUUUAAAGCGGAGGAAGUUCCGAGUGGAGGACUUGAAGCGGUAGGCGCGCGUCCCGACGAGAUGCGGACGAGCGUGCACGCGUCCUUCGGCCGCUGCUUGCGCCGCUGCCUCCUCAUCCUCACGCUCGCCGUGCUCGGGCCCGAGUGCGCGCGCGCUGCCGCCCUGCGCGACGCCGCAGCCGCGGGCCACCACCGCAACAAAGCCACACCGGUGUCUGAAAAAUUCCCAGAGCUAAAGAAACAAGUCAAGCUUCCUCGCGCCCACGAUCUCCUCAAGGAUGUUGCACUGUCCAACAGCACCUGGAGGCCGGGGAGGCGUCCGCGCUGCGGAGUUCCUGACAUUCCCAGCAGCCAGCGGAGACGUCUUUUUCCGUCAGGACACCGGCGCAGACGCUUUGUCAUCUACGGGGGGCGCCUGGACAAGAACGACCUCACCUACAGGAUCGUGCGUUUCCCAUGGCAGCUGGGCGAAGAGAAGGUGCGUCGCGUCUUUCGGGAAGCGCUGAAGAUUUGGAGCGACGUGACACCGCUGACCUUCACCGAGAUCCGCGCCGGCAAAGCUGACAUCCGCAUCGACUUUAACAGGUACUGGCACGGUGACAGCCUCCCGUUUGACGGCCCGGGCGGGAUCUUGGCUCACGCCUUCUUCCCCAAAACACAUCGCCAAGGAGACAUCCACUUUGACUAUGAUGAGGCCUGGACACUCGGGAACCAGAUGGGCACGGACCUCCUCCAGGUGGCGGCUCACGAGUUCGGCCACGUCCUGGGCCUGCUUCACUCGGAGGAACCCGGGGCCAUCAUGUCUGCCUACUACUCGUUCUCGUACCCGCUCAGGCUGACCCACGACGACCGGCGUGGCAUCCAGUUCCUGUACGGUGUGCAGCCCAGGGUGGUCCACACGCCACCACCCACUAUGCCGCCGCCCCCUCCUCCCCCGUCACCGCGUCCGUCCCAUCCCGAGACCAACGAGAUUCUCCCCCAUCCCAAUGUGUGCCAGACGGACUUCGACGCGGCAUCCAUGAUCCGCGGCGAGCUUUUCUUCUUCAAGUCGGGAUACGUGUGGCGCAUCCGCGACGGCCAUCUUGAGAGCGGCUAUCCCGCGUUGGCGUCGCGCCACUGGCGAGGGAUCCCCAACAAUGUGGACGCUGCCUUUGAAGACAAGGCUGGUAACAUCUGGUUCUUUCAAGGUGACAGCUACUGGGUGUUCGAUGCCGAGAUGCAGGUACAAGGGCCCAAGUCCGUCCGGGCUCUGGGCCUGUCGGGGACGGGCAUCCGGGCUGCGCUGCGCUGGGGCCACGACCCGGACUUCGACACCUACUUGUUUGGCUCAGGCAGCUACUGGCGCUUUAGCCCGCGCCACAACCGUCUCGAGUCGCCGUACUCACGAGCCAUGAGCGACUGGGGUGGCAUCCCCGUGGACGUGGACGCCACCUUCCGAGACGCUUACGGCUACGCCCAUUUUAUCCGCGGACGCCAGUACUGGAAAUUCGACCCGGUGGGUAUGAACUCUUUGGAGGGCUACCCCCGCUACGUGGGCGUCGACUUCUUCGGCUGUCGUAACGUGUGACGGAGAUCGACCCGCCAUCACCCAAUCAGGGCGCCGCCCUUCGGGGACCAAUUUUUCAGGCGCCACCAAUCUUCAGGCGCUCCCGGAGGGACGUUUAAUGCUGUUUUUUGCGUCGCCUGCAGGCCAAACACAGUCAUUGCUGUCUCCUCAUGAAGUGCGCCGGUGCUGCGUUCAAGGGCUUCGCCGUGAUGCGUUCAGGGACUGGCGUGUUUGUCGGUGCGGGUCACUGAACAAGCAGCUCGGUUGUCACGGUGACAUUUAGUUGUUAUUAAUUAACCAAUAAACGGUACAAUUAGUGAUCAUUGUCAUGAUGAUAUUGCAUAUUUAUACACUAAAACAGUUUUUGUACAUAUUACUUUUUUACUACUGUUUUUUUUUACUCAAUUGCAAACAUUCCUUUUUCAGGAAGUGUAACAGAUUUUUUUUUUUUUCAAAAUUAAACAACUUUUGAACAAACUGAUUUGGCUUGACACCCUCAUUUGAAACCCUAACCUGUGGUUUAAAAAAAUAAAAACCUAACCCUGGCUGGAAAUCCUCCUUUCAGACUCUAACCUGGGCUUGAAACCCUACUAUGAUUCAUAACCGUUAUUUCAAACCUUAACCCUAGAUUGAAAGCCUAAUUGCAACCCCUAACUGUGGCUGUGUGUAAACCUCAUUUAAAACCCUAACUCCUUGAAACCAUAACCCUUGUUUAAAAUGUACUCCCUGGAUUAAAACCCUCAUUUAAAACAGUGCAGCUUGAAACCAUACUUAGAUCACUCAUGCAUGUUUGAAACCCUCUCUUGAAACCUUAACACCAGUUUGAAACCCUACAGUUGCAUACAUAAGCCCAGCCUUAAAAUGUCCUAAUUUGAACCCCUAACCAUUAUUUAACACCCUAAUCAAGUCUCAGAACCUUAAUUUAAAACCGUAACCAUUGUUUAAAAACCUAAUCCUGAUUUGAAGCCCUACAUGAAACAUAUUUGUCCAGUUGUCUGCGAUGAGGCACAUGAGCUGUGGGUUCACUUCUUUUUACAUUCCACUGUAAAGAUUUUCAGAAGAAUGCGCACCUUUGAUUUUGUUCGGCUGUUUUGUUUUGUCCUCACACAGGAAGUUGACAUUCCACAGUAAUCACACACUA